GACGCCAACUUCAUGUGUAAAAUUAUUUAAAAUACCAUUUUAGUUGAAAAACGAAUUUAUACAUAACUACCAUUAUAUAAAAACCCCAAUCACUACAUAAAUUUCAUACCAAAUCCGAUUACCCGCCCAACAACUCCACGUCCGCCGUUCAAAGCCACCGGAAAAUGGCGUCAGACGUGCCCGCAACCACAGCUAACUUUUGGGGCGACAUGCCGGAGGAAGAGUACUAUGCCUCUGAAGGCGUACGCAACUCAAAAUCUUACUUCGAAACACCCAACGGCAAGCUCUUCACUCAAUCAUUUCUCCCACUUGACCCAAAUAUAUCCCCUAAGGGCACUGUUUACAUGACCCAUGGCUACGGUUCCGAUACCGGUUGGCUUUUUCAGAAGAUAUGUAUUAACUACGCUAAUUGGGGUUAUGCUGUUUUUGCUGCUGAUCUGCUCGGACAUGGCCGGUCCGAUGGGAUCCGAUGUUACAUGGGAGAUUUGGAGAAGACUGCUGCUGCUUCCUUGUACUAUUUUAAGAGCGUGAGGAAUAGUGAUGAGUAUAAGCAUUUGCCGGCGUUUUUGUUCGGAGAAUCUAUGGGUGGGUUAGCUACUUUGCUUAUGUACUUCCAGUCGGAGCCGGAUACUUGGACCGGAUUGAUCUUCUCUGCCCCGCUUUUUGUCAUUCCUGAGCCUAUGAAACCUUCUAAGGUACACUUAUUCAUGUAUGGACUGCUAUUUGGAUUCGCUGAUACAUGGGCGGCAAUGCCAGACAACAAAAUGGUGGGCAAGGCUAUAAGAGACACUGAGAAACUGAAAAUAAUCGCAAGCAAUCCACGGAGAUAUACCGGGAAGCCAAGAGUGGGAACUAUGAGGGAGAUAGCCAGGCAGUGUGAAUACGUCCAGAACAAUUUCCACAAGGUCACUGCUCCAUUUUUGACAGUGCAUGGGACUUCUGAUGGUGUUACUUGCCCUACAGGCUCGGAAUUGUUGUACGAGAAGGCAAGCAGCACGGACAAAUCCCUCAAGCUUUAUGAUGGAAUGUAUCAUUCUUUGAUUCAAGGUGAGCCUGAUGAUGCAGCCAAUCUUGUUUUAGCUGAUAUGAGAGCUUGGAUUGAUGAGAGGGUUGAGAGGUAUGGUCCAAAGUGCAAUGGCUCUGCAUAAUUCUCUUCCACUUGAACUCUGCUUAAUCAAUGUAUUCUUUGGUGCUUGACCCCAAAUUUGGUGGAUCAGUGGACACACAUUUAGCGAACUAUAUCAUUUUAAGCCAAGAUAUAUUCAGAAAAAGAAAUGAAAUGAAACUUAAUUUUAUAAUGA